AUGCUGUCGGUGGCAAACUUCGCGAUGAAAGCGGUGUUUCUAAUUCGGAUCCCCUCUCGCGACUAUUGGGCUGAUUGGAUCGACUUGGGAUCCCCAGGUGGCGUCGUUUGGAAUACGAAAACUUCGUGCGGGGCCGCAUACGCCAAAACUCCGGCCGCUUCGGUCACCACCGCUUACGACUCCCCAGAAGCCAAGCUUCCAGCAGCUUCUACCGAGACCACCUCCGGCGCCGUUAAGCCGCUGCCUGAUUGUGUCUUUACUGUGGAGGGAGUGCAGCUCGGCUCUCAGUUCACAUUCCGUGUCGUCCCCCUCAAUCCCCUCCUCAACUGUGUGGAACUCAAGAGCCAUUUUCCCCCUGUUCUGUUCAGUCAUCAGGAACACCACUUGCUGGUGAAGGAAAAAAAGGAAGCUGGCUUCCACAGCUGGUUCCAUAUAUCUUUAUCCAAGAAACAAGAUACAGAAAAGACAGUGAAAGUCCAAGGGAACGACAUCUCCCACAAGCUGCAGAUCUCCAAAGUCAGGAAAAAGGAUGAAGGGUUGUAUGAAUGCCGGGUGACGGACGCCAACUACGGAGACCUUCAGGAGUACAAAGCCCAAGCCUAUCUCAAAGUCAGUGCCAACAGCCACUCCCGGCGGAUGCAGGCUUUUGAAGCGUCACCAAUGUGGCUGCAGGACAAGCCACGCAAGAACAUCUCCGCAGCCAUCCCAAGCAGCAUACAGAAUUCGGCCAGCCAGCGCAUGCGGCCCACGGCCGGCCCUCCCCCAGACGCCAGAAUUCCCAAACAGAGCCCACAAUCAGGUACGCAAAACCCUUUUUACCACUUGGAGGCUUUUACUGUUAGCGACCUGGGGAUGUCAAUCAAACGCUUGGGGGGAAAUGGUGCAAGAGAAGGACUGAUGCGCCAUCUAUGAAGCGUAAGUGGGACUGCAACCGACAAACACAUCCUGG